AUGUCUUCAAAUCCUAACAGAGUAUUUAAUAUUAUACUUAACUUUGGAGCACCAUCUCCGAGAAUUGUUAAUCAAAGAAGACAGAGAAGACGAAUCGCUCACGGAACGCAAAGAAGAAAUACGACAUAU